AAAGCGGCGCCGCGGGAAGGAUGGCCACACUGCCGUCAACCGCCGCCGCCGCCGCUCCGCUGUGAGGCGAGGAAAGUGUCGUGAAAGUGUCGGGCGGCCCCGCGGCGGCCCCAUGCGGCGGGGUGCGGCGGCGGCGGCGGCGGCGGUGCUGUCCCUGGGGGCAGCCUGGCUGCUGGGUCGCGGGUUCGAGCCCCGCGCCUGGCUGCUGCCGACGCCCCACCACCGCUUGCUCAGCGCUGCCGAGCUGGGCCGCCACCGUGGGGCGGAGGGCGAUCCCGGCCUCUACCUCGCCGUGCUGGGCCGCGUCUUCGACGUGGAGCGGGGCCGCAGGCACUACGGCCCCGGCGGCGCCUACAGUGGCCUCGCAGGGAGAGAUGCCACCAGAGCAUUUGCCACCGGCGACUUCACCACAGCCGGGCUGGUGGACGACGUCUCGGGGCUGUCGCCGGGCGAGAUGCUCGCCAUCCGGAGCUGGCUCUCCUUCUACAGCGACAGCUACGAUCCCGUGGGGAAGCUGGUGGGCAGAUUCUAUGAUGAAAACGGGGCACCGACAGAAGCCUUAAGGCAGGCUGAGGCUGCGAUUGAGGAAGCUCUGAAGUUCCAAGCAGAAGACGAGCAGAGGAAGCAGCAGUUUCCACCCUGCAACUCAGAAUGGAGCUCUGCAGGGGGCAGCCGAUUCUGGUGCUCCAGACAGAGCGGGGGAGUGAAGAGGGACUGGACUGGGGUCCCCCGGAAGCUGUACCGACCUGGUUCGAAGGGGAGUCACUGCGUGUGCGUGAGGAGUACUGGUCCCCCGUGGGGCCAGCCGGGCUCCACCCAGCACGGUGACAGAGGCGAUUUGGAUAACCCCCACCUGGAGGAGUACAACGGCUGCCAUCCGCUGGCCGAGCAGUGCGUCCUGAAGGCGUGACGCCGAGUGCUGGGUUCGAGAGAAGUCCUCCAAGGCACUUUCAGGCAGAUAUGCCGACUCUCACCAGCCAUCAGUGGAAGUUGUGUGUGUGGAGGAGCAGCAGCAGAGCCGUUUCCAUCACGCCGUGUUCAAGCCCCCAGUCACCCUUUUAGAAUUGAACUCAGCUACAGGCCUGUGCCACCUCUGGGAGCUGCAGAGCAGUGCUUCGUCAUCUCCACAACUGAGCAGGCAUUGCAAGUGUCAGCACAUCAUUUGCUUUUGGACACAUCUUCUUUAACAAGGGCUUGCCCUUGGGGACAAACUGAUCAGUGUCUUUAAAAUGGCUUUAAAUGUUGCUCCAAAUUCCAGAUUAUUAAUACUUACAAACUACUUUUUAAAGGGCAAGGCAGUGUCACCAGCUGUAGUCCUAGGGAAGGGGUAUCAGCCACGUCACUUCUCAGCAAGUUUCAUCUUGUUGUAGCACUUGAGCACUAUGGAGAUAGUGCUGAACGGCUGAGGGGAUGGUUUUGAUCUUGAGCUACACAAAAAUCAAGUAAGCAGCUGCAGGAAGGCAAAAUGGGAUGGUGUUGCUUUAAGUUAAGGUCGCUUGAAAACCAAGUCACAUCUUAGUCCUUAGUUUUUUGUCUAGAAACACUAGGGUGGGAAGUUUGUCUUGCACUAGGAAUAAGUCAUCUGUUAAAGCAAACAAGGAGACCCCCUCCCUGACCUCAGGUGCUCCAAGAUUAUCUUGUUUCUACUCCAAUUCAAGAGCUCAGCCAGAUUCUCCCAAGGUAAAAAAAAAAAGGUGGGAAGAAAAGAGCGAUAGUUACACAGGGGUCAAGUCAACUUAAGACAGUGCUCUAAUAAAGCUCACCAUUCAUCUGUACUUCAGUAAAUUUUAUUAAUAAAAGACUAAUGCAUCACAA